CGUUCGUGUUCACGUUUAGCUCGACUACGACGGGAUUUGCAUUGUUGACGGAGGCGAUGAUCACAGAAUCCUACUUCCACAUUUGCCGCUGCGAUUUAGCGGCAUGAUUUUGUUGUCGCCGAAAACCGGAGCGUUGUUCAUCUCCCUGCUCAUCUCUGUAGAAACAGCUUACUACAUUAGUCUGUCUUCUCGCUAUCUCUUUGUAUGCGGCUUCCAACAAUGCCGUACGGCCAUCAGUAAUCCUACAUGUCGAUUGUUUAUCACGGGAGUUGAUUUGCCCUGGUGCCGACGAUUUCAUAUACCAGUUAACACCCCCUGGUGGUCAUCAGAUAGUUAAUAGUUAAAAUUGGUUAAAAUUAUUUUGUAACUACCGUACAUUUCCACAAGAAUAAACAUAGUAUGGAAAGAUACCAUUUAAUGGAGUUACUUCAGAAGGAAGCAGAAAAAGAAGAAUAUGGUGGCAUUUUUUCUAUUGAUUUUCUGCAAGAAUUUCCUAUAGGAUCUGUGAGAUGGAAGUUGCCAGGAGUAACAGAUUUAACUUAUAUUAGAAGUCUGAUUGAAUGUUCACAAUCAUGCCCAUCUGAUAGUGAUGAAUCCUAUUUUUUAUUUGAUGAUCCUGAUACAGAUGAAAUGGCAAUGGUGGAUAUGAGGUAUGCUGAAAAUGCAGAAAAGAAAAAGCUUAAGAAACAGCGUCAAAAAGAGAAAAAAAAGAAAGAGAAAAUGAAAGUGGCAGAGACUGAACCAGUUAAACAAAGCGGUAAAAACAAUUUGGUAUCGAGUUCAAAGUCACCCUCUGUUGCUGCUGAAACAGAACAUAAAGAAGAUCAUAAAGAAAUAAAAAAAAUAAAACCAAAGAACCAUGAUUUACCAAAGAAAGCUAAAGCAAACACACAAAAAGUAUCAGUGCUUACAUACAGCGAGGAUAAAGAAAAUGAUAGCAUAGAGCAAGAUUCCCAAAGUGAAGAUAUGAAUGAAGAUCCUACAUUUAGAAAUUAUCCCUUUUUUACGGAUUCUGCAAAAGGAUUGUCAAAACCAACUGAAGGUCAAAUGCAAAAGAAGAAAGUCAACAGUGAAUCUGAUAAUGAUAAAGUAAGAACAAUGGAAGAUACUGAUGAUGAGGCUAUACUGCCUGAAAAUUACUUGACAUUUUUCAAGAAGUCAGUAAAGCCAUCUUGCAGUGGGGUAAAGGUGGAAAAUGAAAAAUCAUCCAUAAGAUCAAAUGUUCUUGAUUCCAAAGAUAAUAAAACUAAUAUUGACAGAAAUAGGCCCUUACAUGCAAGUGGAUGCUUUUCAGAUGAUGAUGAUGAUACAGAAAUGGACACAGAGUUUGUUACAGUGAAGAAGUCUAAAAAACCAAAAUAUUUAUUGGAAAGUGGUGAACAUUCAUCAGAUGUUCUUGGUGUACAUGCCUAUCAUUUAAUUUUACAAGGCAACAUACUUGAAGCAAUUCAUUAUUUAAAUGAAGCCAUUCAACGGGAUCCAAAUGACAUUCGUCAUUACAUCAAUCGUAGUUACUGUUACUUAAGACAAGCACGAUAUCCAUUAGCAUUAUCGGAUGCACGUCUUAUUGUGAAAAAUUCAGAUAAUCCAAGAGAAAUAGCAAGAGCUUUCUGUCGCAUGGGGCAAGCUUUUUAUGGAAUGGAGAAUUAUGAAGAAUCAGAGAAAUACUUUGAAAAGAGUAUUAAUCUGAAUCCGGGUAAUCCCCAAGUACAGCGUGAAUCAUUAAGGAUGCAAGUAAUGAAGUUGGUUCACAUGGGUUUCCAUGAGAAAGCUGUAGUCCAAUGUAUCGAGCGUUGUUCAAAAACAUUGGUGCAAGAAUGGCUUGAUCAGGAUGUUAUUACACUCUUGACUAAUGAUAAGACUGCGACGGGUUCAAAUACCAGUGUUACCGAUAGCGAUUGUGGUGACAAUGACAUAUAUUGUUCAGAUGACGAUGAAAGGCCAAGCAAUGCACGGUUGUUAUCAAAAAUGAUCUCAAAUCGAUUGAAAUUAUACAAUGAAACGAGCAGUAUGGAUUCCUACAGUCAAUCCUCUGUGGCUGGUUCUAGCAGUUCAAUACCACAUUCUAAUAAGGCUGGAACUAGCGGUAUUAAAACUGCUAGUUCUAAACAGACUGUUCCAAGAGUUAUAAAAGCGACGGCUUCCCAAUUUGCUCAACCGCCAGAAAAUUUUGUUAUUAAUGAUAAAUCAAUUUGGGUCGGUAAUAUACCAGCAAAAACUACCAAUGCUAUGUUACGUGCGAAAUUUUCAAAAUUUGGCAACGUAAUUUCUGUUCACAGACGCAAUAACGAUACAUAUGCGUUUAUUAACUUUUCUAACUCUCAAUCUGUGAGGAAAGCCUUUGCAGUUGGUCAUAAUUGUUAUAUCAACGGGGUUAAAGUUACUAUAAAAACAGCUCAAAGAUCAUUUAAAUAAGUUGUAUAUAUUUCCUAAUUAAAAAAAAAAACAGAGUUUAGAGUAUUCGCCUAAAGCUUUAUAAAAGCAGAAUUUCAACUAGAAGCAAGUUUACGUGAUAAAGUUUGAUUUUAUAAAGAAAUAUGUUAAAUUUGUCUUUUUAUAUAUUUUUGAUAUUAAGCUGUCUUUUAUUAUAUCAACUGAUAAAAAGUACAGAGUUUAGUUUACGAUAGCGACUCUGAUGUUUGUCUGUGUACAUCAUGAGAAAUUAAAUAUAUUUUUUGUCCAGUAAACUUUGUAACUUGUUUAGUGAUAAAAACAAGUGAUGCGAGAUUUGUAAGAAAUUUCCCAGCGCAUGAGAAUUUACCAACAUUACAAUAAGAAACAUCAAGUGUCAUGUUAUACAUAUAAUAAUCGUCAUAAAUAUAUAAAUCCGAAAAUAUA